UUUAACUGCACGUUUAUGACUACAAUGUAGUGAAAUAGCAGGUUAAUUAGUGUAGAUAGAAAAGCAUAGUAAAUACACUGAAAGUUAGAAUGUCUGCUUUAACGUAGAAUUUGUACAUGAGUGAACAGGUGUUUUAUAUGAUUUUAAAAUUAAAACAUGCUUUGGAAGGUUAUAUUUUGACUAAGCUCUGGGGAGUUUUGAGAGUUUUAUCACACAGACCUGGCAACCCCAUUUCCAGCCGCUCACUCAGUUUGUGAAAAAUGACAGGUCACAGCACUCUGCCGAGAAUAAUCAGAUUUCUGAAAGUGGUGGCGUUAAGUGUGUUACUCACGCUGCUUAUUUUGUUUCUCGUGGCUACAGCAAGGACUUUUACUUUAGAGGUAAAUGCAGGACUUCAGCUUGCACAGUGGGAAAAAACAACAUACAUACCGGCUGAUAUAAGCACAGAACAGAGGGAAGUCCUGCUCGCAAACUUCAAAGAGGCCAUUCGUAUUCCCACUGUGUCGUUCUCAGAGACUCACCAGAACACAAGUGCUCUGCAAGAGUUUGCCCAUCUUCUAAAAAGAGUUUUUCCAACAAUCUUCUCAUCCAGUCUGGUUAAGCAUGAGGUGGUGGGGAGCUACAGCCACCUGUUCACCGUGUCAGGCACUGAUCCCGAGCUGGUGCCUUACAUGCUCCUGGCACAUAUUGACGUGGUGCCAGCCAAUGAGACUGACGGGUGGGAGGUGCCGCCCUUCUCAGCCAAAGAGCUGAAUGGAUUCAUUUAUGGACGAGGGACCAUCGACAAUAAACAGUCUGUCAUGGGGAUCCUUCAGGCUCUAGAGUACUUGUUGCAGCGAGGAUAUGUUCCACGGCGAGGGUUCUACAUUGGCCUGGGUCACGAUGAGGAGAUCAAUGGCUAUGCUGGAGCAGUAAACAUAGUCAAAGUGCUGAAGACUCGUGGGGUGAAGCUACAGUUUCUUGUAGAUGAAGGCCUUGCAGUACUGGAUGAAAUUAUAAGUGGUCUGAAUGGACCAGCUGCACUGAUAGGUAUCACUGAGAAAGGGCAGGCCACAGUAAAGCUGAGUGUCAGUAUGAAGCCAGGUCAUUCCUCCAUGCCUCCCAAGCAGAGCAGCAUUGGCAUCCUGGCUGCUGCAGUCACAAGGUUGGAGGAAUACCCAAUGCCUAGACUGUUUGGCUCCGGCCCUGAGCAAAGCACUUUUGAACACCUUGCACAUAAGUUUGGCCUGCCUCUCAGAUUCAUCAUGUCCAAUUUGUGGCUCUUCAGCCCUUUGAUGAGCAGGGUAAUGGAGAGGAAGCCUGAUCUGAAUGCUUUUGUGCGGACUACCACAGCAGUCACCAUGUUCAACUCUGGUGUGAAGGUCAAUGUCCUCCCAUCACAUGCUGAGGCUUUUGUGAACCUGCGCAUCCACUCUGCCCAAACACUGCAAGAGGUACUGGAGUUGAUUGAAUCUACUAUAUCAGAUGAUCGUGUGGAAGUAAAGCUGAUGAACGGCUUUGACCCCCUACCCAUCAGUUCCUAUGACGAGCGGUCGUUUGGGUUUCAGAUUAUUAAGAAGACAGUGUUGGACAUGUUUCCUGAGGUCACUGUUGCUCCAGGUGUCUGUGUUGGCAACACUGAUAGCCGUCAUUAUACCCCGCUGACCAAGGACAUUUAUCGCUUCGCCCCAACCUGGUUCAAACCGGGUGACCCGCAGAGGUUUGGCAAAGUGUACAUGGUUGUAGAAUAUGUAGACAUCAAGGAAGCUGUCGUUUGACCAUGGAACAAGGUCCAAAGAUAAGUGCAAUGUGGCAUUGAUCAAGGAUUCAGUAGCCUGUUUACUUAAAUGCAUGUCUUGGUUUAAUAUUAUACACAAGUAUGUGAGAUCUCCAUAUUCAGAAGCAAAUUAAUUAUUUGUCAUUUAAAGAGAUACAGUGCAGUUUUUAAAAUCAACAAACAAUGCCAAAGCCUUGCAAAACUCUUGAAUUCAUUCUUUUCUCACAAAAACAUCUUUUUUGAAAUGUAUUUAAAAAGCUGCACUUUAUGUGGCAAUGUAGUUAUGACUGAGUGAAAAAGUUUUUGGGCAAGUGUCGUAAUAUAACGACUUGUUAUGGGGAACUGUGUAAGAAGGCAGUUUAAUAAAUCAAGUAGGGUAUAUGUUGUACUAUAAAAGGAAUUAAUGAGAGACAGAGAUUUGUUGGGGCCUCAUUUAUCAACCAUGCAUAUGCAGGUUUGUGUAUGUAUAUAUAUAUAUAUAUAUAUAUAUAUAUAUAUAUAUAUAUAUGCACAGAGAGAGAGAGAGAGAGAGAGAGUAUGUGUGUAUUCUAUUUCCUCAAUUACAUUUAGGAACUCUGUGAUGGCAUGAAAAUUCUCAUUUUUGCUCUUUUCCGCUGCUGGUUUUGGAAAUCUAAUAUAUUGCACUGUGAGUGAUAUGAAAGAAGCUAAGAUGUGUCAUUAUUGAACUCAUAGUUGGCACGAUUAUAUAUUUUAUUUAUUUAUUUAUUUAUUAGACAAAUUACUCGUAAAAGUGUUUUGCUCUAUUUCAUGCAACAGUAUCUUCUUAGACCUUUUGGCAUGUUCCAUGUUGUCUGAAACAAGCAGCACCGUGAGCAAGCUACAGUGCUUUGUAAAGGGAAGUUGUUUACCACAUAUGGCGAUUGGCCAUGCAUGAGCACAUCAAUUUUGAAUGAGUAGGAUUUAUCAACGGUCAUCGCAUACAGCUGUGCGUACGCACGUGUGAUGAAUACCAGUACUCUUGUGCGAAUGGGCAGCUCUUACACACAAAUUUAGUACUUGUUCUAGACAUGCUUUGAUAAAUGACACCCCUGAUGUCUAAUGAGAGGCAGACAGCAGCAACACACAAAAUGAGAAAAGGCCCGAGACGGCCUUUCUUAUGUGAGAGAGAAACACUUAAGUAAUCUUUAUUUACUUGUAGACUUGCUUAUUUUUGGAAUAAAUUGCUGGAAGUGAAGAGAAGUGCAAAAUGAAAUAAGGACAGGAGAGUACUAUGUGAGAUGAAGAUUGGAAAAUAGACAAGUGGUAACUUAUGAGUUACUUAGUUGAACUAAGUUAGAACGUGUCCUUCUGACCUGUCCAGGCCAGAAAAUACAGGGUACACCGUAUUAUUGUCAGGUGCUUUAGGUAAGCAGCUGCUUACUGUGUUAAGCAGUUAGCAUGCUAUACAUCAACACUGCACAGGUUCUUGUGUAUAUACUUCCUCAUUCAUAUCUCAUUAAAAUCUCUUCAGGCCACUGUAGCUCUUAUGUCUUCAGAUCCUAGCAACAUGGCAGGUUAAAGUUCAGGAAGGAAUGUCAGCUAUCAUAUGAGAUCACCUCUUUCCCUGUUUUACAC